UAAAAAGGUACCCGCCCGAGCCCAGUUCCCAUGGAUUUAAAUGCACAUUUUUGGAUUGCCCUCCUUUUCCAUUGAUUUAUGCCUUAUGGUUGAUAACUCAAGCGUUGGUGGAAGAACACCCCUUGUAAAUUGUAAUCCCUGCAGCCACAUACUAAGAGGGGAAUUUACAAGAACAGUUCUCCUCUCCCUUUUCAUGGUUACAGCCAGCAGCCUUACCAUUGACUUGGUCCCACAGUGUGCCUUGAUCGGCAAGAACGUCACUUUCAGUGUCAGAGGAAUAAACGGGAAAUUAAACAGCUUUUCCUGGUAUCUAGGAAAUAAUCCAAGUGCUUCAGACCAGAUAAUUAACUAUGUUGUAGGUCUUACACCUCCCACCACUCUUGGACCUAAAAACUUUUCUGAUGCCAUUGGGCUUCCAAACGGCUCCUUACUGAUUACCAACCUCAAGGACCAAUACAGUAAUAAUUACACAGUCCAGGUACAGUCAGAUACAGCGAACCAAGCUUCCAUAAAUCUGUCUGUGAAACCAAAAUGUGAAUCUGGCCUUUCUCCUGGUGAAAUUGCCGGCAUUGUUAUUGGAGCUGUUUCUGGGGUCGGACUAAUCGCUGGCCUGAUUUACUUUGUAUGCAAAUAUUUGAACAACAGAGAAAACGUUUAAUAAGAAGAUGAGUCUUAGAAGAGCCAAAAUUGCACCUUUCAAUGAACACCAGUGUUAACCCAUAUUAUUAAUGGAUCCAAAGUUUUGUCAGUUAAUUCGAGGUUUAAAAAAAACUUGUAAUUGAUGAGAGCCGCUGGGGAGAGAAAAGAUCUCACUGUGGAUAACAAUCAGUAGUGGUCAGUAGUGGCGUGAAUGGCUUUCACAGAAACAGAUGCUACAACAACCUAUAGAAUAUAAAGGCAAGUCUUGUGAGAUAAGCAGCCAAUUCAUUCAAGACCUGCAUGAACUAGGCGAGCUACCUCUAUAUCCAAAGGCAGCCUAUAGAAUUAUUAUUAUUUAUUGUUUGCAGUCAACAAGAACAUGUCUAUGAUAUGACUUCCUAGAACAGAGAGUCAUUGUAACCAAAAAUAAUUUCCAGGGGCACUUGGGUUUGUUUUGUGUUUGAAAACAGGAUGAUAUUCUAAGCAGGAUGAUGUGCCAUGCCUUCCACUUAUGACAAGUGCAAUUGUCAUGUUUAUUUCAAGGCAGUUUGGGUUUUAGUCCCCUUCCCCUUUUUACUUAAAUGAAAUUGGCCAAUUUAAAAACCAUGGAUAUUUUUGAGGACUACAGUUAAUAGGAAAAGAGUUAAAACUAAGGGUUGUCCAUUGAACUUUGGGAAAAUUCCUACUUCCUCUUCCUACAUUCCACCCUAAUAUUAAUAUCCUUGUACUAACAUUUGGGUAGGCGAAUAAAAUCUGUUUUGGACCAGAGAUUUUAAAAAAUAGUCCAGUUCAUUAUGCCAUAUAACCAGUCCAGUUGAAAUGGAUUCAAAUCAGUAUGAGUUCAGAUAAGUCAAUCUUUUUCUGAUUGACAAACUGGGAAAUUAGUGCAUUUGUUGACUGAUAUCUAUUAAAUGCAUUAGACCACAUUGUCCUUUGCUUUGCAUGGGACUCAACUUCUAAGACCACUUGUUUUUUUGGGGGCAUGGAAUAUCAAAUUCCUCUAGCUGAUAAAUAUUGAUUUUUAUUGACCUUUGUUGAAUUCCAACUCAGACUGGAUGGUUAGUAGACCUCCAGGAUAUUUAAUCUCUGACCAUGUCUUCUUUCAAAAAUUCUUAUUUCUGUAAAAAAUGUUAUUUAUGAUAUAGUAAAGACCAGUAAUGAUGGUGCUAUUUAUUGUGCCUAUUAUGCUCCUGUUAACUAUAAAUACAAAUGCAUGGAUGAAUAGGCCUCCUGCCUAUAUAAUUUACUAAGCAUUUACAUCUUGCCUUUAACCCAACUUAUAAUUAUGGUAUGUUGUGCCUUCGGAGCCUUCUGUCAUGACAAUGUAAAUAUCAGACUUUAUAUGUAACCUUAAAGCUGCUGAAACAUAGGAUUUGCACUUAAAUUGACAGUUGUGACAACGAGAUUGUGUGGAAGAAGGGUGGCUUUCAUCUCAAAGCUUUAUUUUUAUUAUAACCAUGUUUGAAUGUUUGUUUUAUAAAGCAGGUUUAUAUUGUUGCAUGAAGAGUUAAUUCUCCAGAACAAAGCCUUUUUAUCAGAAAA